AUGUCAUAAAUCAAAGAUUAAUUGCCUGAUAUUUCUAGCAUACCAGGUAUUAUGUUCUACUCAUUUAUAUCAUAUUGGUUGAUUUUUGCUUUGAGCAUAGUUGUGGAUAGAUUAAUGUUCUCAGGAAAGAACAAUGAGAAUAGCAAGAUGAGAAAAAUUAUCAAAGCCAGAGAUAUUAAGAAAUAAUAAGCUGAUAAAUUAUUGAAGAAAAUUGAUAAAGUCACAAAAUGA